CAGUAGGACCCUACAGGCUAGUGACACUCGCACCAGUGUUUACAGUGAAAGAUAAGUGUGGCAAGAAUAAUCAAACAUCAAACGAUUUAUGCCCGUCGCAUCUGUAUUUGGAAAAUGAUGAAGUCGACAGUUCUGUGACACAAGUGUGUGUGUGUGUGUGUGUUUUCCCAGUCAUUUGAAUGGAGUCCUCACGGAGUCCCGGGGGUCUCUCCCGCGAGUACAAGCUGGUGAUGCUGGGAGAGGGAGGAGUCGGAAAGAGUGCUAUCAUCAUGCAGUUCAUCAGCCACAGGUUUCCAGAGGAUCACGACCCCACCAUAGAGGAUGCAUACAAAACUCAGAUACGCAUCGAUGAUGAGCCUGCCAACCUGGACAUCUUAGAUACAGCUGGACAGGCCGAGUUCACGGCGAUGCGGGACCAGUACAUGCGUGCAGGCGAGGGCUUCAUCAUCUCCUACUCCAUCACCGACCGGCGCAGCUUCCAGGAGGCGCGCCACUUCAAGCAGCUCAUAUACCGCGUGCGCCGCACCGUUGACACGCCUGUCGUGCUCGUCGGCAACAAGUCCGACCUGGCACACCUCCGACAGGUGUCGAUAGAGGAGGGCCGUGAGCUGGCGCGAGAGUUCCAGUGCCCGUUCUUCGAGACGUCGGCGGCUUUCCGCUACUACAUCGACGACGUGUUCCUGGCGCUGGUGCGUCAGAUCCGCCAGCGCGAGGCGGAGGUCGUGCGGGACGGCGAGCGGAAGACACGCCGCAGCCACUCCUUCUGGAGCCGUCUCAAGUCGCCCUUCCACAAGAAACAGCAGUCAGAGCACUGACUGACCCACCCACCCCCGCACGGCCUGAUGGGAUACCGUUGCCCUCCACACGGGGAUGGCUUUACCGUCAGUGUCCCCCAGGAUCUCCAUAGAAAUGCUUCCUUUGAGAGGAGGCCCGUGACUGUUACCUAAUGUAGUAUAGAAGUCCUUGUGAUAACACACUCCCAAUCAUUUCAUUCUUGAUUAGCUGUCAGCCUGUUCGACAGGUGUUAAUAUAAUGUGGCAGAUACGUGCCACAGUAGCUAUAGGCUGACGACAUACUGAUUUGAUAGUUAGUGAUGAUUUCAUUGAAUUGAAAUGGGUGUCAUUUCUUUGUGAAUUUCUUGACUAAGUCCUUUUGUUAGAAGCUGGUGGGACGAGACGAUGGGAGAUAAUGCUGUAACCUCACAUCUAACGGGGAUGUGUAAGUGCUGACUCUGAAGGAAUACACAGAAGGACAGACAGAGAUAGAGAAACAAUUUCUUUAAUGAUGAAGGAAGAAAAUAAAUAUGGAAGGCAAGAGAAAGUAAAGAGUAAGUGAAAGAAAGAAAAAAAAGGAUCUCGAAAGACUUGAUUGAAGAAUCGAUCGGCUUGUGAUGGCAAACCAGAGUUUGGUCGCGCCAUGGUUGGGCCAACAGUUGGGCUACACCAGCCCGGCAACUGAAGCGUCACGUUAGCUGAGCGUAAAAAAGUUGUUUCAGAAGACUGGUCAAUUUUUUUUCAAAUGUACGCGCCGCUAUCAUGUCUGGUGUAGCCAGUUCCAUAGAUUACAGUGGAAGCUAAAUCGCCCUAUUCACCCGGCGGCCAGAACGAGGCUAAAGGGUACACUUGCCAUUUCACCUCAGUCCAGCAGAUGGUGGUGGUAAUGCACUCUGUUUGCAAACUGCUAAAAAAACCUCACUGAAGAAGAACAGGCCAGUGAACCCAUAGAUAAAUAUAAUAAAGGCUAGAUGUCUCGUACAAUGACAGGUAGUGACCUGAAGGUGUCAUUGUUAUAGCCUGGGGGCAUUGUUCUGCCUUUAGUAGAAGAAGAGAUAUAAACAGCGGAUGUAUGUGGUAAAAGUUAAGUUUAAUAAACCGAACACUGAGGAACUCACGUGUGUAAGUCGAGUCCAGAUUAUAGCUAUGUUAAUAAUGUUUGUAAGAAACCAAACCGUUUGUAAAUCCAUCAAGAUUUCAGCGAGAUAAGAGUAUUUGUGUUCAUGCAGAUCACUCACCUUACAUCAGGUACCACAGAUAGCUUGCCUGUGACAAGAUGGCCGCCGGUGAUGCCGUUAGAGACUCCGCCAUAAGACAUCUAGCCUUUAUUAUGUAUAUCUAUGAGUGAACCCUUCUUCUUUUUUGGUGAACCUUUUUUUUUUGGCAGUUUGCAAAUGGAGUGCAUUACCACCACCAUCUGCUGGACUGAGGUGUAAUGGCAAGUGUACCCUUUAGCUUCGUUCUGGCCGCCGGGUGAACAAGGCGAAUUGUUGCAGCAUACGUCCGCGAAUGGAACGCUUCAGUUACGUGCCUGGGGUAGCCUGCCUGUAGGACUCAAAGGCCACUGGGAUACUGAGGGUGGACACGCUAUUCACCUUUUAAAUAUGGAGUCCUUAAUUACCUUGAUUAUUGUCAAAUUCUGCCUUUUUUUGUCAAAUUCAAGGAUAUAAACUUAAAAGUAAAUGAUUUAAAGGUGCCAUGUGGAGGAUUUUGGGGUAAUCUAUUAUAAUGGUAUAUAUAUACACAUUAUAUACAGCUCUGGAAAAAAUUAAGAGACCACUGCACAUUUUUCUGAUGUCAUCCUACGGUUGCUGAGUGACUUUCGAAUGAGUUGACGGUCAUAUUCAAAUUUGCAGUGGUCUCUUAAUUUUUUCCAGAGCUGUAUAUAUAUGUUUGUGUGUCUGUAAUGAUGGAGAAUUACGAACCGUGUUUUCGUUAGCCCUUCAUAUCUAUAUAAGGAAUGGGUUCUUUCCACAGGGUCUGCAAUGUUAUGCCACCAUGUUUGUACAGAAAAGAAUAGCCAAACCAUAGCAUUGGCUCAAGGGAGGGCCUUUCGCAUUUUCACGGCACUUGAUGGCCAUUGAAGGCUAUCCUAUGCACUUGGAUAGGGAGGGGUAUUCAGUUGGUUGCAAUCAGCACCCUCGCCACUAGAUGCCGCUAAAUCCUACGCAAUGCACCUUUAAACAAGUCACAGACUUUGAAGGUGCAGCUCUAGGCAGAUUAGGUCCAAGGUAAUUCAGAUGCAAAUAUAGAGGGAUACAUGCAAGAAGGAGAGAGUAGACUUCAGAGUCAACUACCAUUGUGUACUCUUGCUUUCCGAUCGGUGUAAUUUAGGCUGGACCAGAGGGAGAACUUAACGGUGCACUCAGUGUUUUGUCAGUGUACGGGGUGAUCACUUGAGGUCAACACUUGCUGGACAGUCCCAGUAAUGUACUGUACCACUCCACAAUGUUUGCGUGAAUGUGAUCCUGUAGUUUUUUUUUAAUCUACUUUUAUUCCUGUUAGUGUACCUGCUGAGCGCUUAUGACAGAUGUGUAUGAAACAAUCUGGUCGUACCAUGUGACAAUAGAUGAAAGGUUAUCUAUAUCCCGACUUUGAUGUUAAAUGUGUGAUUUUUACUUUUUUUUUUAUCAUGAUAGCGAUUAUAUCCCUAAUUUAUUUUCAUUUUAACACUCAAAUAAAAUGAAUUCAUGUUUUCCAUAA